GGAACCAACGUAAAACGAAGAAGGGGCACCAGGGUAACCAUGGCUAAAGUUGACAGCGGAGCGAAACCACUACAAAAUGCCAUGAAAAUGGCCAAAGCAGCAAUACAGCUGGACGGAGGGAACAGACACAAGGAAGCUUACUGUGAAUACCUCCGGACCAUCAACUACAUAUCACACGCACUUUUGGAGGAAGCUGUUUCACAGAUGGAAAAGGAGAUAGUGUCCGUGGAAGUGGCUCGGAUGUUGACCCUAGCUGAGCAGUGUCUGGAGCGAGCCAAGUCAUUUGUAGGGAAGAGCACCGAGCCCCCCGACCUGUCAGCUUCUGCUUUCUCUUCGGGUUCACCUGGCCUACCAGAGCCCCAUCAGACUGCGGUCGUCCCUGCCUCUCACACUGCAGACACUGUCACAGUACCUGCGGGUGGUGCUCCUGUGGCCACAGACCAUAAAUCCUCGAGUCCCAGAGUGAGCGGUCGCAGCAGGCCAUUGUCAGACGAAGCCGAGGAGCCCUCACCUUUCCUGCCUCCCGAAGUCUUCCACAAACUACAAGCAGAAGCGUCGCAGGACACGAGCAAAAAGGAGCUGACACCCAUCGAAGAAGCCUCACGUUUGAACCAGAAGCUGAAAGCUAAUUACGAAGCUCGCCUGGCGAGACUCGCACCUGGUCAAGCCUACCAGAAGACAUCUUUGACACUCUCUCUCCAGCGGCAGAUGAUGGAGAACCUCAUCAUAGCCAAAGCCAGGCAGGAUGCUCUACAGCGGAAGAUGGAGGACAGAAGACUGAGGCUGCAGGAAGAGGCCAACAGGUACAGUGAGCUUUUCAUUAACACAGACCAUGAUUGGCCCAAACAGUGGAAAGCCAAAAUGAAGAAGAAUCCUGAUGUCUCGUUAGUGUCAAAUCUGGUCUCCUACCUGCUCAGCCAGUCCGACCACACAGAGACUCCGAAGAGACCAGCCAGGACAGCAUGUAGUACCCAAAGUGUAAAGAGCUUCAGCACAGACUCCUUGAUUUCUCCCUCGCGCUCCCACAACCUCAUCCCUAAAUAUGAGGAGGAAGAGGCGGAGGAGCCCAGCGAGCAGGAGUCAAUGGACCGGGAGAACUCAUUUGAAGAUCUGGAGCAGUUUGUGACUCAGAUGGACUGGGUUCAACCCCCCAGCAGCACAGACGACCCUGCCUCGGAUUCAGAUUUGGUCUGCGAUUGUUCUGCGCCGCUGGAGCAGGAUGAGAGCCACGUCCAGGAGCUGGAGAAGAGAGCGCUUAAAGAACACCUGAAAGCUGUCGUCAAGGACGUUCAUAUUGCAAUCGAUCAGCUUCUGUCUUUGUGUUUGCUGUCCUUUGAGUCACUAAACACUGCCAGCUUUAAGGACCUGUGUCUCGCCAGCAUUGAGGAAGCCUUCUUCACACCCCUGUGGAGCGCCCUAGUGGCUCUUUUCAGGAAGGCGUAUGUAGAAAGGGAGGAGGCCUACGAGACCAGCGUGAAGCUGUACGCCGACGCUUCACCUGGAGAUAUCGGCAUUCCCUUGAAACUGUUUCCCCAAAAUACCGGUUCCCCACAAGGUUCCUACCCCUACGGAUCUGCUAUCCAGGAGCUCAAACUUCUCAUUCAUGACCGAUGUCCGCAGAGGAAACUGGAAUGCAUUGUGAGGACGUUACGCCUGAUCUGUGCCUGUGCCGAGGAUUACAGGUGUCUUCAUGAAGGGGACACGACUCCCAAAACAGCGGCCAUUGGUGCAGACGACCUGUUACCCAUCCUGUCCUACGUGGCUCUGCAGUGUCAGUGUCCUCAGCUGGUGUCUGAAUGCGCUGCUUUGGAGGAGUUCAUUCAUGAAGGGCUGAAGUUUUGUUCUUUUCUGAUGAUGAUUGGUGCAGAGCACGCUCAUGUCACCAGAAGCAGCCAAGUGCUGUUCGGCUUGAGCCAUACGUCUUUGGCAGAGUAG